AUGCGCCCAUCAAUACCGCUCUCCGCGCUAUCACGCCGCCACAGCCCCCGCAGCGCGCAUUCCCACCUGUCCACGCAGCUCCGCGCCAUGCACGCCGGUCUCCGCAGCUUCCCGGCCUGGUUCGUCCGCGGCGGCACCUCCAACGGGCUCGUCAUCCGCGCCGCCGACCUCCCGCCGCAGUCGGCCUGGCCAUCGAUCCUCCCGCCGGCCAUGGGCUCGCCCGACGCGCUGCACGGGCGGCAGCUCGACGGCAUGGGCUCCGGCGUGAGCUCCACGUCCAAGCUGGUCGUGCUCUCGCCCGCCGGCACCACCACCAGAGACGCGCACGUCGAGUACACGUUUGUGCAGGUCGGCAUCCGGGACGGCGUGCUCGAUACGGCGGGCAACUGCGGCAACAUGUCGAGCAUCGUCGGCCCUGCGGCGUGGGACAUGGGCUACGUGCGCGACGCGGACAAGCCCACGCUGGUGGCCACGGCCGCCGACGGCACGCGGUGGGCGACGCUGCGCAUCUUCAACACCAAUACCAGCAAGGUCAUUGAGACGACGUUUCGCGUCGCCGACGAGCCCUCGUCGGUGUAUUACUGCCCCGAGGGCAACUACGUCAUGGACGGCGUGUCGGGCGCCCAUUCCUGCAUCACCAUGAGCUUCCUCGAUCCCGCGGGCGCCAAGACGGGCCGCGCCCUCCCGACCGGCCGCUCCGUCGACACGCUGCAUCUCCCCGACGGGUCUGCCGUGUCUGCCUCCCUCGUCGACGUCGGCAACCCGGGCGUCUUCGUGACGGGCCGCUCGCUGGGCUUCUCCUCGGCGGAAGCGCUGACGCCCGCGGCCAUCGAGGCCGACGCGGCGCUCAAGACGCGGCUGGAGCAGCUCCGCCGGCGCGGCGCGGCGCUGAUGGGCAUGGACCCGGACACGGAGAGCGUGCCCAAGAUUGUGCUGCUGUUCCCGUCCGACGCGGGCUCGGACGUGGACAUUCGCUGCCGCGCCAUGAGCAUGGGCCAGGCGCACAAGGCGGUGCCGCUGACGCUGGCGCUGUGCCUGGGCGCGGCGGCCAAGAUGGAGGGCACGCUGGCGUGGGAGCUGAUGAGGGAGGCGCAGCGGCCGGAGGAUGGUGAGGCGGUACGGAUUGCGCAUCCGAGCGGCCUGGUGGAUGUGGGCACGACGAUUGAGGAUGGCGAGAUCAAGGCGGCGAAGCUACUGCGCACGGCGAGAGUUAUGAUGAAGGGGGAAGUGUUUUACUAG